AUGUCCGCCAGGCAUGCGCGUCUGCACAAACGCGGCCAUUCGGCCUCGGCCGCGCCCAGCUCCCUUAGUCCCGUCGCCGACUAUGGGGCCUUCACCUUUGACCGCUCAAACACACCAAAGGUCUACGAAGAGUCCUGGAUCGAACCUCAACGUCCUAUGCCUGCCGCUACUUCUGCCCAUCCACUCAAGAUCAAGCCUUACCUGCGCAAGCUCUCUUCCAAGGAAACCAGCGGUCUGGAUCUCUCGCGACCUGCUGCUGAAAACGACUUGACGGGGCUGGGCAUACUAGAGUACGGUGCCUACUCGCGUUCCAUAUCAGAAGUCAACUUCACGCCCGUCAACCCUCGCAACCGACACAGCCGUUCCACCUCCAAUCAAUCACAGUACUCGGCGUCCUCAGGCCCCCGGCCGACUCCUUUACCUUCCAUUCGCCAAACACCCCAACUCUUCUCACCGCCAAUAGCAGGCUCAUCGCCCUCGUCUAUCCUAGGAAGCGAGCUUGAGGGCGAUGAUAUCAUGUCUGACGACGAAGUUCGUUUGAAACAGAAUUCGUAUGAUCCCACACGUCGAUCUGGAUCCAUGUCCUCGGCACAAGGAACAUCCCUUCGCCUCCACACCAACAACUCAUCCACUCGCCUUGCUGCCACAUACUCGCAAUCCACGGCCUCGCUCACUUCCCCCACCGGCCCGCCAAGGGCACGGGGUGACACGCUCAAAUCCAUCGACACCACCACAUCACCCAGCUCCCGCACCUCGUUUGACCAGGCUUACCGCUUCAUACGUGGCGGUCGCGACUCGCCUGUGGAUCCUGCAUCAAGAGCUGCAUCCAUCCGUGCUGCACGACAAAAGUUUGAGCAAGAGCAACGAGCCAAGGAGCUAAAAUACGAAAAGGAUGCACACAAGCAGCAGGAACGCGACUACCGGAAGCAGCUUAAGAAAGAAGACUUGCAGCGACGCAAGUCCGAGACUCUAGACCGCAACGAAAUGAACCGCACGCGCACCACGUCCGACGAAAGCGAAAAGACACCUAGGCCCUCUGUUGGCGGCCGACCCUCGAUAGGCGGGCGUCAAUACUCUGAUCACCGACAGGCCCAUUCCCACUCGUUGCCCAAGCUCGUAACUACCGUCGACCCGGAAAAGGCAGCCAUGAGCGCAGUACCAAAGGUCAGCAAGAGCCGUGCUAUCAAGGGAAGAUGGCUCAGAUUUGUUACCUGGCUCAAAACGAGGCUGCUUCGCCUAUCGGGCAAAUAG